AUGUCGGUUUAUUACAUCGGAGAUUUGAAACCUAACACUCACCAAUGUUCGUCUUGUAAGACGCUGAUUUAUCUAUCUAUCUAUCUAUCUAUCUAUCUAUCUAUCUAUCUAUCUAUCUAUCUAUUUCAGUCUGUUCGUAUAUAUCUAUCUAUCCCUCUAUCUAUAACAUUAUUAAAAGAAAAACACGAUGUCAUUCUCAAGGAUGAGCAAAUCAUUUUAUAUCAAGCCUCGUUUUCAUCAAAUGAUAAAAUCGAAUUUUUAUUGCUGGUAAUAUUUUUUUAUCUAUCUAUCUAUCUAUCUAUCUAUCUAUCUAUCUAUCUAUCUCAUGGGUUAUUUAAUGUCGACAAUAUUUUUAUUGCUGGUAAUAUUUUUUAUCUAUCUAUCUAUCUAUCUAUCUAUCUAUCUAUCUAUCUAUCUAUCUAUCUAUCUCAAUCCUCUAGUAGUGGCCUUUCUUCCUUCUUUGUGAAACUGUACUUUAGUCAUCACUUGCUUGGUAGGUCCCUUUCCUUCAUUGAUAUCAUCAAUCUUCUUCCUGAAGGAAAGGCAAAACACCUUCAAGACUUCAUUAUAUCGCCACGUACAAGAUUUUUAUUGCUGGUAAUAUUUUGUAUCUAUCUAUCUAUCUAUCUAUCUAUCUAUCUAUCUAUCUCACCACAAUCUAUCGAUUUGACACCAAAUCUAUCUAUCUAUCUUCUAUCUAUCUAUCUAUCUAUCUAUCUAUCUAUCUAUCUAUAUCCGAUGCAAUGA